AUGUCACGCCGGUCGUCCGUAGCGGGAGCGCGUACCGACGGGUCACUGCACGCGCCUGCCGUAUCCAAGUCUGGACUCAGCGGCCGAGUGCCCUGCUUGCGGGGAGAUGUAAGCGGCCCCGGCGAGGACAUUCUGGAGAGUCCCGCGGGACAUACCGCCUUGAAACACCCUGGCACGCUCUCGGACGAGCGCGUCUCGCGAGGAACGAGUCUCUGA